AUCGGCCACCUCCCGGACAAAAUAAUUCUCGAGAUUUUCAAAUACCUCCGUCUGGCAGACCUCUGCCGAUUUGCAACUGUCUGCCGGAAGUGGCGAACCCUGGCCUACGACAGCCGCCUCUGGAGUCGCGUGUCGCUGAGACCCGAAUAUAAUGGUCUGCAUGUGACCAAUCAGGAUGCAGUUAUAUCGGUCAUCAAUUAUAGGUCAGGGUCGUCCCUGAGGUACAUUGAACUUUCGGCCGAUUUUAUAACUCCUGUUGUCUUGCAUGAGUUGGCUAACAAAUGCAACAACCUCAAAUACUUAACGCUAGACUUUUCAAAUGCAAUGCAACUGCACGAUUUCAACGAUAUGAACAGUUUUCCGUGCAAUCUUAGAACUUUAACCAUCUGCUUAUCAGAGGUUAUUUUUAUGGAAGGCUUCAUGAGAAAAGUCUACCAGCAUCUCUCGUCACUUGAAGUUUUGCAUCUUAUUGGAACCUUUGAACUCGGAGACGAAGAGCAAGAAGAAAUAUACGAAGUUAUAAACAUCGGAAAGAUAAAAGCCCAAACUCCUAAUCUAAAAGUAAUUAACCUAUACGGCAUCAGCUUUGUAGACGAUACCCACAUAGAGAUGCUAUCAUCCAAUUGUAUCCAUCUAGAUACCCUGGCCUUGAACUUUUGUCUCAGGGUGAAGGGCAGCGCUCUCAAAACUUUGAUUCAGAGGUGUAAAAAAUUGAAGACUCUUUUGUUACAGCACUGUGGUCUUGAAGACCAGCACAUGAUGGCAGUAGAAUGGCAAGUCUCAAAAAUUAGAGAACUCGAUUUGACAUCAACGGAAUUAUCGAAUGAUUGUCUCAUGGACGUGUUGAUCCGGAUUCCCGGAUUCACGUUUUUGGGAUUGGGAUAUUGCGAAUUCUUUGAUGAUCAAAUCUUGGAAACAAUGGUAGAGGCUGGAAAAUUAGACCACAUUCGUGCCAUCGACAUUAGCCAUACAGUUAACUUAUCUGAAAACGCCAUACAUAGAUUUAUAAUGAGAAAGGGUCGGCAAAUUGAGGGUCUCAUGAUCGUAGGGAAGCCCAAACUGGCCGAACAAUUUUUUCUCAAUGUCAUACCCCUUAUGAAAAAAAUGAAGAUCAUCGUAUGCGGCACACCAAAUGGUUGGUUCUUAAGAAUGGGAACCAGGAUCCACAUCGAUCAGAUCAUCAUCGCCCUAUCCCAACACUGCUCCAAACUGGAAAGACUCGAGGUCCAAUGGGAUCCCGAUACGAUCCGGGCUUCUGACAACAGCAGCAAGUUUAUUGACCAGUUGAGGUUAAAAUGUCCGCAACUGAGAUGCGUUACACUGAGUGACGGGGAAUAUUACGAGAUGGUGAAGUCGAACUUUGAGAGAGCUGAUAGAAAAACUGUGGUCAGGACGACAACAAACUAUAGUACGAGUCUGGUACCGCUGCUCUCCUGUUACAAAGAUCUGCUGUUUAAUUAG